AUAUGUACUGUAAAACGUUGUACGAUACAUGUGCGAAUAGGUAAUUCGCAACUCGUGUCGAUUUAAAACACUCCCUUCGGUCGUGUUUUAAUUUAUCGCCACUCGUUUCGAAUUUCCUAUUUUUCGCACUUGUAUCGUAAUGUACUAUUAUAGGUUGCUAGUGUCCUGUAAGCUGUAACUAAUAAGGAUGGAGUUUUCAUUAGAUAUAGUAUAUCAUCAUAUCAGCUCAUAUAUGUCCCCACCGAGGGGCUCGAGCCUACCCUGCAUUAGGGUGAUCGGGCCUUAGUCGAUCACGCGAGCCCAGUGCGGGUUGGUCGACUUCACACACAAGCUUCGAGUUUCCUCGCAGCCGUGUGCAGGUUUCCUCACGAUGUUUUCCUUCACCGUAAGAGCGUCGAAUAAACGUACAUAUGAAAUCGAGAUUCGAAAACACAUUGGUAUGCGGCCAGGAUUCGAACCACGACCUCCCGCACAGGAGGUAGCGGUCUUAAGCAUUACGCCACCGACGCUCUCUAUAUAUAGUAUAUAGCUCAAUUUUAAUAAUUAUUUGAUAGAAGACAUUUUUUAUCGUGUUUAUAAGCAUAUUUAAACUUAUGGCUCAGCUGGGCACGAUUUCAAGUGACCCAAAAUCUAUAAAGAAAUUAAACAAACAGUAUAGAAUUUUACUUAAAAAUGUUUAUUAUUUACAUUGUCCCCCACAAUCGCAAAGCUCCGUGCACUUAAGUUGCCGCUGAAAGCACCGGCACCUCGAGCCGCCGCACCUCUUUUUGCAUCUGCACCGGAUCAUUUCCAGGCAUGCAUCUGCAGCUACGGGCAAGUCUGUCCAUGUAGGUUGCCAGCUUUCACUGACUUUUCUCCAUCCCCAGUUAGAUGGACAGGGAAGAUUUUGAUUCGGUGACAUCUGACCCCAUACAUGGACUGCUUGGAACACUGCCCGCAGGAAAUGCUGGUAUAGAGCAGCUUUCGUCGGAGGUAUAUUCUCCAAUUAGCGGUCUUUUUUCGAGAAUAGGUGCUUUCGGGCAAAACAUAUUAUUUUCUUUUACAGGGCCACAAAAAGCGAAAGUCCUCCCCCUGUUCCAUGCCUUCACAGGUUGUGAUACUGUGUCCUAUUUUAACGGGAAAGGAAAAAAAAGUGCAAUAGAUGCAUGGAACGCAUUUCCCAAUGCCACAGAAGGGUUUCUGGCAGCAUAUGAGGGGAGUACUAGCGAGGCGUUUACAGUAAUCGAAAAGUUUGUCGUCAUUUUAUAUGACAGAGCCAGUUCAUUUACAACCGUAAACGAAGCCCGAAAGCACCUAUUCUCGAAAAAAGACCGCCAAUUGGAGAAUAUACCUCCGACGAAAGCUGCUCUAUACCAGCAUUUCCUGCGGGCAGUGUUCCAAGCAGUCCAUGCAUGGGGUCAGAUGUCACCGAAUCAAAAUCUUCCCUGUCCAUCUAACUGGGGAUGGAGAAAAGUCAGUGAAAGCUGGCAACCUACAUGGACAGACUUGCCCGUAGCUGCAGAUGCAUGCCUGGAAAUGAUCCGGUGCAGAUGCAAAAAGAGGUGCGGCGGCUCGAGGUGCCGGUGCUUUCAGCGGCAACUUAAGUGCACGGAGCUUUGCGAUUGUGGGGGACAAUGUAAAUAAUAAACAUUUUUAAGUAAAAUUCUA